UAUUGAAUCUUCAAUAUCUGCAACUAGUAUCGAAUCUUCAACAUUAACAAAUGCUACUAGAUACCAAUAUAAAGUACUAUUACAAAAUAACUCACCUUCAUCUCAUCGACAAUGCUCAUGCUUACCUUUAUCUCAUCAACAACACUUACCUUUAAUCCAUCAACAACAAUGCUUACCUUCAUUCUAUCAACAACAACACUUAUCUUCAAUCUAUCAACAACAACGCUCAUCUUUAAUCUAUCAACAACAACGCUCAUUUUCAAUCUAUCAAUAA